GAAGCUCCACCACACAGUGCAGAGCCACGAGGACGCAACUCGGGCACUCAAUGCCCGAAUGCUGGACCUGGAGAACGCUGUACCAGGACCAGCUGCUAAGGCUUCCAGCAGUGCAUCCUCUAGCCGCCAACUGGAGGGACGCGUUGACCGCGUAGUAGCAAUGCUCUACGACAUCAGCACCUUCGUUGCGCCGACCACCAUCAGCAGUCAGCUGCAUAACUUGAAGACCGAGGUCCAGCAGCUACAGUCGACGAACGCGGAUGAUAAUCCGAAGAUGUACAAAAUGCCAACUUUCCAACUGGACAAGUUCGACGACUACACGCAGCAGGAUCCGGUCCUCUGGUGGGAAGCAUUCACAACGCAACUCAGGAUUUUGCCCAGAGCCAAGCAUGCGUACAUCGGCGCCCUGUUCCUGAACUCGAAGGGCGGAUGCCAGACCUGGUUGAACCACCUGGCAACCUCUCACGGCGUCGACAAGAAGCGGUUCAUCGUCGACGACGCGCCGACACUCGCCAUCAACCGCCUGUUCACCAUGUCACAGGGCAACACUGCAACACGGGAUUGGCUCACGAAGUGGCAGAAGAUUGCGGCGGUGCCCAAUCUGGAAUUGGCAUUCACGCAUCUACGUCGCGAGUUCUACAACAGGUCCUGUGCCGCAUUGAGCCAGGCUCUUGGUGAUCGCGAGCAGUACUCAACGUUCGCUGAGAUCAUUGACAAGGCGAGGGAGAUCAUCAAGACCAACAGGCCAGCUGCACACGAGAAAUCAACAUGGCAGCCGACCUAUGUGGAGAAGGUACGAACUGGUCCGCAACAGCAGCACUUCGUCGCAGUCCAGUCGGACAGUGGAGAUAACCCAGCAGCCACUCCAGCAUCGAGUGACGGAGAUCAGGUGGCUGCUGUCCAGCCGCGAAGCAACAACAAGUCCCACAACAAUGGGAAGGCGAAAUCCGCAUCGCAAGCCGAAAAUGGACAGCCAGUACAAGUUCCAUGGUUCAAGUUCGGCUUGACCGAGGCGGAGUACAAGGUCCGAGGCCGCUACGGCAACUGCUAUUGGUGCAACAGCACCAAGCACAAGACCUCCAUAUGCCAGGAUCAGGGCAAGGAGGAUUGGAUGCCCGUUCCCUCGACCGGACGAUUGCCGAAACCGCAUUGCAACGUGCUUAUGGCACAAUUGCGGGACUACUUGCACACUGCAGUACCAGCUCCGUUGAUGGACGCCGGACCAGAGGUUGUCGACCUUCACGCUUACAUCGCGAAGAUCGACCACGAGUUCAAGACGCAACGGUACGACGACAUCGACGCACCAUUGCUAUACGUACGCAUUCAGAUUGGAGAGGCGACCUGCAGUGCCUUGAUCGAUUGCGAAGCAUCUCGCAACUACAUCARCCAGGACUUCAUGGUACGCGCCGGCCUUGGCCCACGUGUCCGGAGGAAGUCCCAUCCUACGCAAGUCACUCUGGCAGACGGUCAUACGCACAAGUCCAUCGACCGGUGCAUUGACGCCGUCCCAGUGUACUUUGCCCCUCACGCAAGUGAGGCGGUGUCCUUUGACAUUUUGGACACCAAAUUCGACAUGAUCUUGGGCAUGUCAUGGCUGCGAAGCGAGGAUCACCCGGUGAACUUCUUCCACUGCACCGUUCACAUCCGUGAUCGGAACGGAGUACUAGUUCCAUGCACGGUGCCUUUUCCUCAUCCUUCGAUCAGCUGCCACGUGGUAUCCGCCGCAAGCAUGCGAGCUUCCAUCAUCAGAGACGACAUCGAGGAGAUGGGGGUGUGUUUUCUCCACGCCCUCCCGCCCCAUGACGCUUCAUCGACGGACUCACCUUCGGAUCCACGCAUCAUCGAGCUUCUCGACGCCUACAGCGACUUGUUCGAAGACCCGCACGGAGUAGUACAAAAUCGACCCAUCCGCCAUGAGAUCAUCCUCGAGGACGGGGCCGUACCUCCGUGCGGUUGCGUGGAGCACGACUAUGGCGCCCAGGUCGCUAGUGUGGAGCACGGCUAUGGCGCCCAGUUAAGUACCGUUGACGCAG